AAGAAUGUGGUUUUUUCGGUUUUCUGCCUUUGGAUUUUCCGUUGGUAACAUUGAUCUACAAAAUAACUCAAUAUGGCGGAUGUUAAUUUUUCUUGUUGAAAAAGUGAAUGAUGACUUUAGAUUCAAGUGAUUCUUAGCGUUUCGCAUUCGAACUCAUUAAAAGUGUUUUUCCAAAUAUGACUUCUCUUCAAUAUGUGGUACAUCCCCUACCUGGUACCGAGGAGCAGUUCAAUGACAGGUUACGAGAAGUAGCAGAUAGAAUUAAUCGACUUGGUAGUAAUUUACAUCCUGGGCUGUCAAGUCUACGAACUGGUGUGAAGAGAAUUUGUCUAGGUUCGACAUACAUUGCACUAUUAUUAGAUGAUGGCCGGGUGUGUAGGAUUUCCUACAAUGUAUUGUCAGACAGAUUAGACUUGAGUAAGAAUGAUAAAAAGUCAUGGCUUACUCGCAGUUCGGGCGGAGCCGGAGCUGGAGGCGGCGGCGGUGGUGGGGGAGGAGGAGGAGGGGGAGGUACUGUCGGUAGCGGCAGCAACAAACCCUCUAGUGGGAGACAGAUAAGAACUAGAGCGAGAAUAAUGAGAUCCAAUACUGCCAUUCGUGGCGGUAGCAAUAGCGGCGGUCGAGGAGCUCCUGUUAUAAUAGGCACUAGUUCUUCAACAACUGCAAGAUCUAUGGUUACAGUACCAGCACCAUAUGUACCAGAAGAGCUUGUUUCUCAAGCACAAGUUGUUCUACAAGGAAAAAGUCGGAAUUUGAUCAUCAGAGAAUUACAGAGAACCAAUCUGGACGUGAAUCUGGCUGUCAACAAUUUGCUCUCGAGAGACGACGAAGAAGGAGAAGAAGGCGAUGAUGCCGCGGAGUCCUACGUGCCGGAAGAUCUGAUAUCUUUGCUGGACGGAGGUUUCCACCCCGAUCAUUCUGUGAUCAUCGACGCGGAUGCAAUGUUUUCGGAAGACAUGUUCGGAUAUUCCGGUAUCAGGAACUUCCUUAACAGUCGGGGCAGCGGCAGCCGUAGUCGCAUCCAGGAGCGCGACGCUGCGCCCGGCAACGCUUCGGGCUCGGACAGGGACCGCGAGACCUUCUCCAGGUGGCGCGACAGGCAGUACUUCGGACCGAGGCGGUGGUUGGAAUCCGCUCUCAGGGACAAUCCGUACGAGAAGGACGUAGAUCAUAAGAAGAAGGACAACGCGUGCCCGUUAUGGAUAUCGGACGACCUGGAAUUCUGGCCGGACCCCGCGCCCAAAUUCGUUCAGAUCGCCACCCUCUACAGCGAGCUGGUCGCUCUCUCGGCCAACGGCCAGCUCUACCAAUGGAAGUGGAACGACCACGAGCCGUACCGCCAUCCCGACAACCUCAACGUCCACCAUCCGAAGACGGUCGCCCUCGGUCUGGCCGGAGAGAAGGUGACGCAGCUGUCGGCGUGCUCGAUGCGGUGCUCCGUCGCGACGGAGACCGGUAAGGUGGCCACGUGGUUGGACGAGCUGCUCACGCCGGCGGCUAGUAAGUUGGAGCACGCCGCGCAGGCGUACAACGAGUUCCAGACCGACAAGGUGGCGGCGCUGUUCACUUGUCCGCUGUACAGCGUGGCCAAGUUGGAGAGCGGCAGUUUGUAUUGGUGGGGAGUGUUGCCGUUCGCUCAAAGAAAACGCCUAUGGGAAAAGUACCGCGCAAAGUGCCGCAAGCAGCGCCCCUCCAACAACCAAUCGGAGAUCGUCGCCGGCUCUCAGGUGUGCAUGAAGAACAGCCCCAUGUACCAGCCGGGCGCGAUCGGCUUCACCGUGGCCGGCGGCGUGCCCAAGGUCGGGCAGCUGCAGAACGCGGCUUGGACGUUGAAUGACACUUGCACAUUCAAGAUAAUGAACGUGAACAGCUCCAGCGUGUCGGACAAGAAUCGCAGCGAUCUUGCGGCGAGCGCUAGUGUGCUAGCUAAUCUAUGCAGCAAAAGCUCCACCAACAAAGAAAAUACAGACAGGUUGGAUAUGCCUCCUCCACCUUCACCUGCAUCAAGCACCUGCAGUGAUACUGGAAGUAUCUCAAACAGUCACAAGCGUCAAAAAAGAAUGGUUGUCACCAGUUCUGAUCCCAGUAGCGAUCAGAAGAAAGACGAAGAAGAAUGGUUACUGAAAGACGUGAUAUUCAUCGAAGACGUUCGGAGUGUGCCGUCCGGCAGAGUAUUGAAAGUUGAUGGUGCUUAUGCGGCAGUCAGAUUUCCUUCGGCACAUACUAGAGAUAGGGAAUCCAAAGACGCAGACGACAUCUUACAGGAUUGCAGGCUCAUGAGGAAAGAUGAUCUACAGGUCAUCAAAUCAUCGUCGAAUUCUCGAGUGCCAGAUUGCUUCCAGAGAACACCCAGGCGAAUUCAGAUUUCCGAAAAUGGUGGACAGAUUUUGACGAUCGCCGUGGACGGCCAAGGCAUCCAUGCGAUCGUGAGAAACAAUUCGAAAUUGAGCUAUGUGAUAUAUAAUAUCAGCAGCGGGCGUGUAGAACAGGAUAACCAGUUUCCCAGUGAUACGGCUGCUUUCAUGGGACUGCAUCCGAAUCAUAUUAAUUUGACCUGUGCUGGAGAGAGCACAGAAUCCAUAUUGAUGCUGCGUGACGGCAACAACACCAUCUAUCCGCUGGCGAAAGACUGCGCGGAGGCCAUCAGGGACCCGCAAUUCUUGGACCUGCCGCCGGUGAAGUGCAUCUCGGCCGGCACGCUCGCUCUGUCCGGCACCACCACCAACAUGAAGAACCAGGUGGCGAUCGUUGUAUUCGCGCUCGAGCAGCAGCUGCUCAUGCCGAAGAUACUCAGGUGCGAUAUCGAGGCCGUGAGACAAGUGCUCGCGCAACUGGACAGUGAUUACAAAACAUCGAGCAUGAUGAAUCAGUCUUUCCUAACAGAGAAAUGUGAUGGAAACCGAAAUAUUUUCCAUACUGUUGUUCAUAUGUGUACCCCUACGUCUAACAAGGAUGUCGACAAUGCAGACCAACCCAGCUUUGUUCAAGAAGAACCGAUACCGACGCCAAGUUGGCCUCCGGAAUCGUUCGAUGUCGCUUCAGGAGACGAAGACAGCCUCAUGAGUUUGGGCAGCAGCGCCGCCAAUAAAGGCGGAGGCAACAGUAACAGCGCCCCGAGCAAUCUGGUGAUCGAUCCCGCCGAAAGGAGGACCAACGCUAUGCAGAUCCUGCACGCGUUGUUGCACGAUUCCUCGGCGCUAGAGCCACAUCUCAUCGAAAUGCUUUGUGCAAAAGACGCCCAAGGCCAAACCCCCUUCAUGCUCGCCGUCUCGUCGAGAAGCUACCCGGCCGCUCUCGAGCUCUUUGAACGCAUCCUCAAGCUCGGCACGGCGCACGAGCGCGACGAGAUGAUCUUCCCGAAGGGCUCCAACGCCGACCACUCGCCUCUGCACGUGCUCUGCUGCAACGACACGUGCAGCUUCACGUGGACCGGCGCCGAGCAUAUCAACCAGGAUAUCUUCGAGUGUCGCACGUGCGGGCUGACAGGCACGCUGUGCUGCUGCACCGAGUGCGCGAAGGUGUGCCACAAGGGGCAUGAUUGCAAGCUGAAGAGGACGUCGCCGACGGCGUACUGCGACUGCUGGGAGAAGUGCAAAUGCAAGGCGCUGAUCAUGGGGAAUCAGACGGUUCGGCACGAGCUGCUGACAAGGCUGGUGAAGGAGACCGAUUUGGUGUGCUUGCCGAAUUCGAGAGGCGAAAGUAUAUUGUUAUUCUUGGUGCAAACAGUGGGACGGCAGAACCAAGAACAGCGGCAAUUCAGAAAUUCGCGCCCAAGAACUGCAUCUUCCAACUCCAGAAACAAAACGCCAUCGUCAGACAUCGAAUCUGAUAUGCCGGAGCACGAUUUGGAGCCGCCGCGAUUCAGCCGGCGCGCUCUGGAAUGCCUUCUAGGAGAUUGGAAGGCCGUCAAGAGCAUGAUCAUGUCCGGCACCAAGGAAACCACCGAAAGCUGUUUCGUCGAUCAGCCGUACGUUUCCGGCCAAACAGGCACCACUUUGCUGGACAAGUUCACCCAUUGCUUCUUCGUCAAAUGCCAAAUGGUCAUGGACGUUCUGUUGGAGACGAUUAUCAGAGAAAUGAAAACGAGCGACGCGAAGCAGAGCGAAUACGCUACGAAGGUGGCGCGUCGCUUUGUCAGAUCGGUGGUCAGGAUUUUCGUUAUAUUCAGCAUCGAGAUGGCGCCGAAUUCGGUGAAAAGGCAGCGGUUCAGCAACCAGAAUUUGCCGCUCAGCAAAUGCAAGAGGGUGUUCCAGUCCUUGUCGAAGAUAUCUAUUGAGGAGCUGUGUGAAAUCGCCGAUUCGCUCAUUGCGCCUGUGCGUUUGGGAGUGGCUAGGCCUACUGCGCCGUUUUCUUUGGCAGCGUCACCAAAUGAUGUACUGAAUGGUUCAGAAGAACUAUUUCUUGUCGAUCCUCUAGCUCCAUCGUUGGGCAGUAGCAGUUCUAGAGCUGGGGUGAGCCAGAUCAACUCGACCGAUAAUUUUCCGUUCCUUGCAGAGGCUGUUAGGCGGGCAGUAGCCAGCAGAAGGAAUAUGUUGAGUGAACUCAAUGACGGUGAAGGCAUGGCCAUCGACAACGACGAGGACAACGCGUCCGAGCACGACGAAACCGCCGGUGGCGGCGGCGAGGAGCAGGAGCUGCCCAUCGCGCAGCGCCAAUCGUCGAACGACGCCGAGCAGCAGGAGGCGGGGGCGGGGGGCGGCGGCGGCGAGCAGCCGGAGGGGCGGAUGGGGGGGACGGGCGAGGAGAGCGAUCCCGAGCUGGACCUGCUGGCCGAGACGGAGUCGGACAGCGACGACAAUCACAGUAAUCAGGACGCUGCGUCGGCGCAGCGGUCGGUGCAGACUGGGGCGACGGCGGGGUCGGAUACAGGAGGAAUGCUACUCUUCCCAGAAGACGAAAGUGGUGAAUCCAGCCAACAAGAAGAAGAGGAAAGUGAAGCUGGUGAGACUGAUGAACAAGACACUGAAGAUUACACAUUGACAGAUGAACAACUUGAGAGAAGGAGAAGCCGUUACAGCAAUGCGACCGGCGGGCACGGCCAGCGCAACAACUUGGCGCCGCAGAACAUGCAGUGGGCGAUCAGGUCGCGGGAGGCGGGCGGCAGAUCGCAGGGCGUGCGGCUGCCCAACGGCUCGAACUUGGUGUUCAUCGAUCCGAGCUCGUUGCGUAGAUCGACGGCGGGCAGUACGACGGUCGCGGCCAGCUCGGAGCCCAUCACCAUGGCGACGACAGCCAGUUGCUUGGCCAGAGCUUUCGGUAUUGUCGUUAGACAAAUUGCUGACUUAUUAUCUUUGAUGCCUGAUAUCAACCAAAUAUUGACAUCUUCAUCUGCAAAUAUGGAAGUAACCCAGGAUGAUAUUUACAAUGUCCAGAUCUACUUGGAAUUUCGAUUGAAACCGACUUGGGACUGGUUACUGACCGUCAUGGAUGCCACAGAGGCUCAACUCAAGUUCGGCGCUUCUCUCACAAACUCCUUGGACGCGAACAGUCCUGGGCAUACGCUGAAUACACCGUCGAACACUGGAGGUGGGCGUCGUAGUAUGCCUGCUACAACUUUAGCUUCAUUAGUCAGUUCUGGUAGUACUGGUACUGUUAGAACGAGUCGAGCCCAUGCUGUCACCACUGCUUCUGGUGCUUCUUCCGGAAAUAGAAUCGUUGGUUUUACCACAAAUGUUGAAGGAGCAAGAACAAGACCUGAAAGAGAAGCCAGUGAUGCCCAUGCAGCAAGACGCGAAUUCCUCAUGUACUGUUUGUCCCUGAUGAGGGCCCACAACAACGAGCAUCUCGAUUCUCUUCCCGUGUUGGACGUGUCCGCCUUGAAGCAUGUCGCUUACGUUUUCGACGCGCUGAUCUACUACAUGAGAUCGGGAAGUGCCGAGGGAUCCGAUGGUGAGAGUCGAAGGGAGGGUCUGCCGUUGCCUGCCUGGAACGAUCAAGAUGAAAAUGAGAAUGAGGAAGCUGAAGAGGACAUAGCUGUGGCAAUGGAAACAGAGUCACUGGACGAUCAAGAAGUCUCCAACUUGGCAAAUAAUUUAUCUAGCAGCCUAAACACUUCUGUGCAAAGUGGUUUGGGAAAAGGAAGAAAACAUUCAUUUUUCCAGCGAUCCGAAUCAACUCUAUGCCUCGGCUGCCCCCCGCCCGACCCCUUCGACACGCCCAUGUCGGAAGCCCUACCCCUCGCCGACCAACCCCAUCUCCUGCAACCGAACGCCAGACGCGAAGACCUCUUCGGCAUCCCGAAACAGCCGGUCACCCUUACGCCCACAGCCAACCCGGUCGAAUCGCUCCCCACCAAGCCCGGCCCUUCGACCAAUCCGCUCGAGUCGCCGCCCACCAAGCCCCGCCCUUCGACCAAUCCGCUUGAGUCGCUGCCCACCAAGCUCAGUCUAUCGACGCGCACGAGCGAAUUCGCGAUGCGCCGGCCUGCCGAAGCGAACCGACCGAUCCCGAGCGGCAUGAACGUGAUGGGGCCGAACGCGCUGGUGCAUCCUCGGAGCUAUCGGGCUGCGGAGGAGGAAGAGGAGGGGGGAGGGGAGUUGUCGACUCGACCGAUUCCGGGCGGGCUCGCGCCUCCGCGGAGUUAUGUGGUCGAUGAGGAGGGGGGAGAGGAGGAGGAAGAUGAGGAGGAGGUAGAGGGGAGGAAAGAGAGAGAUAGGGAGGCGAUGAGGCGGUCGGAGCAGGCGUACGCCGGUGGUUCGGCGGUUGGUUCGAGCGGUUCAGGGGUUUCGUUGAGGAGCGCCGAAACUGAGCUGUUCAAUGAAAGGCCUCAAGAUCUAUCUCGGAAUCGUGAAGAACAACCUCUCGAUAUGUUUGCUCCUUCUGUUCCAUCAGAAUGUACUGCUAUUUCUAGGCCUCAGAUCAUUGUUUCACCUAGGAAGAUUGAGUUUUCUUCUGAAAUUAUUGGUAAUCAAGAAUUGUUGGCACCUGGAAGUUCUUUAUCUCUUUUGACACCAAUGGAUUGUUCCCAAGACACUUCCAGUCAGAAUGUGUUAGCUGGUAAUGCUUCUGGUUCUUCUUCACCAUCAACAAGUUCAUCGAGGAGCCCAAGCAAGAGUGUUAUAGUUAGAGCGGGAUCGUCGAAUAGUCAGAAGAUAUGUGAAUCAGAAAUUCUGAUGACCAUGGAUAGCCAGCAACCUGAGACUCUCGAGAACCAAGAAAUUUCUGCCAAUGUCACCGUUAUAACCACUACCGUGAAUAAUGAACCACCAAAACCUACUUUCGGGCAGUCAAUUUCACAUGACCUGUUGCUGGGCAGAUGGAGGCUUUCGUUGGAUUUGUUCGGAAGGGUAUUCAUGGAGGAUGUUGGUUUAGAACCAGGCUCAAUUGUGUCCGAAUUAGGUGGUUUUCCCGUUAAGGAAGCUAAAUUCAGAAGAGAUAUGGAGAAGCUGAGAAACAACCAGCAGAGGGAUCUCACUCUAUCAAAGAUCGAGCGCGACAGAACCCAACUCCUCAUCCAAACCUUCAAGGAGCUGAACACGCAAUACAACAGCUAUAACCGCCGCACCUCCUCAUCCUCCUCCUCGCCGCCGCUCGCCGUCAACCGCGUCAAGGUGACGUUCAAGGACGAGCCGGGCGAGGGUAGCGGCGUCGCGCGCAGCUUCUACACGGCCAUCGCGGAGGCGCUGCUCGUCGAUGCAGCGCUGCCCAAUCUCGAGGCGGCGCAAGUGGACGGCAAGUACUCGCAGUACGGCGUGCUGCAGCGGUUGCGGCGCGACAGGGACGUGGUGAGGAGGGCGGUGCCCGUGCGCGGGUCCAACAAGCAGCGGGACCAUCACAGGCGCGCGAUGAGCGUGGAGGCGAGGCAAUUCGUACCUUUGGAGGGGUCUGACGCGCCCUCUAUGCCGGACAUCUCGACGGUUGCCGGAGGGAAUCAGGCUGGGCCUAGUUCGAAUCUGCCGGUGAACGGAGGAGGCACGCGCAACGACCACCUCAGCAGCCAGCAACAGCAGCUCGGCGACCGGCUCUACCCGAAGGUGUACGACGUGCAUCCGACGUUCGCCGGCCGCAUCACCGGCAUGCUGCUGGAGCUGUCGCCCGCCCAGCUGCUGCUGCUGCUCGCCUCCGAGGACUCGCUGAGGGCCAAGGUGGAGGAGGCGGUGGAGAUGGUGCUGGCGCACUCGCACUCGCAGGCUGAGAUGGCGUCGGCGGAGGGGCUGUUGGAAGAAUCACUGCAAGACGAGGAGGACGUUGCACCACUCUUCUACUGUCCUGGAAAAAGAGGUUUUUAUGCUCCAAGACAAGGAAAAGCGACUUUUGAAAGGUUGAAUGCUUUCAGAAACGUCGGAAGGUUGUUAGGACUAUGCCUUCUGCAGAAUGAGCUAUGUCCCAUAUUCCUAACUAGGCAUGUGCUUAAAUCCAUUUUAGGAAGACCUAUUAAAUUCCAUGAUUUAGCCUUCUUUGAUCCUGUCGUUUACGAAUCUCUGAGACAGUUGGUGGUCGAUGCCGAAACUAAGGAUAGCAACAGCUUAUUCUCUGCAUUAGACCUGAACUUCACAAUUGAUCUAUGUGCUGAAGAAGGUUGUGGAACAGUAGAACUUAUGCCUGGUGGUAAAGAUAUUGAAGUAACUUCGAGUAACGUUUAUGACUAUGUAAGAAAAUAUGCUAAAUACAGGAUGAUCAAGGUUCAAGAAAAGGCCAUUGAGAGUAUCAGAACAGGGGUGUUCGAUGUAUUGCCUGAAGGUUCAUUGGAUAGUUUGACUGCAGAAGACCUAAGGCUUUUACUAAAUGGUGUGGGAGAUAUCAAUGUUGCUGUAUUGAUUUCCUAUACAAGUUUCAAUGACGAAUCUGGAGAGAAUAGUGAGAGACUUGUCAAAUUCAAAAGAUGGCUGUGGUCCAUUGUUGAGAAGAUGACUCAUGUUGAAAGACAAGAUUUGGUGUAUUUCUGGACUGGGUCCCCAGCUUUGCCUGCCAGCGAAGACGGUUUUCAGCCAAUGCCAUCAGUGACGAUUCGACCGGCAGACGAUGCCCAUUUACCCACAGCCAAUACAUGCAUUUCCAGACUUUAUAUUCCGUUAUAUAGCAGCCGGACAGUGUUGAGACAGAAGUUGUUGCUUGCCAUUAAAACAAAGAACUUUGGAUUCGUUUGAAAUAUUUGUCACAAUGGAUUUUUAUUAUUUAGAUUCGAAAUAGUCAGAAAUUCAUAUGUAAAUCGUAUUUAUAAGGUUUGUAUAUAGGUCCAAUAUAUGGGCACCAUCUGGACAGUAGGCAUUGUCUUUUAUUUCCGAAUUUUCCUAACGAAGUUGCAAGAUUCAAUUCUGUCUGUAGGUUAAUCGAGGAGGUGGUAUAU